UUUUGAGGAAGUGGGGAAAGGAUGUGACCCCCCGGUAUAUUAAUGAUUUUCCAGAUUUGCCAGAAAUCAAAGGCAAGGUUAAAGAAAUAUAGGAUGGGCGCUAAUUAUGGGGAAGGGAGCCACGUCGGGGGGCAGGAUUAUCCCAGAAAAGCAAGGGUAUUAUAGUCCCAAUGUGUCCAGGCUCUCCCAUCGCAAAACGGAAUGCUCUGCUUUUCUUUCUUCCCCUGCCGCUACUGUUUUGUUCAUGCUGUUUGCUUCCGCCGUCUUCACGUUUAUCAUCACAUCAUAUCAUUUUCAGCUGUUGCUUUUGCUUCUCAUCCCCUUCCCUUCCCUUCACUUCACUCACUUUGGAUUUGAUUUUUACUUCCUCCUUCUCUCUUGGAUCUCGAUUGGCUUAAGCGGCCUCUGUGGUGUAACUUCUAUCUCUUCCAAUAAUUACGCGCGGUCUUCCUCGUCCUUGAGACGAGACAACGGGAAUGGAGUCAGAUCUCCAGCCGCAUCCUCCCAUGUUUCGCGAUCAGCAGCAGAUUAAUUCGGGGCUGACACGUUACCGAUCGGCGCCCACUUCCUAUUUUACCGAUAUAAUUGACAAGGAGUGUUUUGAGCACAUAUUCAAUCGACCAUCUAGCCCCGAAACCGAGAGAGUUUUUUCGCGCCUUAUCAGUAGUUUUUCUGAGGAUCCCCCUGCUCAAAAUCUCGCGCCCCUCACUGUAAAGCAAGAGGACGAUCAGAACCAGCUACCUCAGGCUCAGGCUCAGGCCAUGCCAUCCAUCAACAAUGAACCGACGGUUUUGCGGCGGCAGCAGAGCAACAUGAAUAUUUACGAUAGUGCUCCUCGUAAUCCAUACACAAGAUCAGCGCGGCCCCCUCUGCCGAAUCAGAGCCUCCCCUCAGCUCAUCGGUUGCCCCCUAUGAAGACGAGACUUGGAAAUAGUACUAGUAAUCUAACCCGGCAUAAUAGCUCCCCUCCGGGACUCUUAGCUAACUUCAACAUUGGUCCUGGCUAUGCUGCGGCUGUGAGAGGCAUGGAAACUUUUGUGGCUGCAGAUAACGCUACUGAAGCGACAAGCUUUCCUUCUGCAGGAACGUUGAAGAACCGACCGCCUUACUCGUCAGGGUUAAUGUCAUCCAUAGCUGAAAUCGGAGAUAAAAACUACACAGAAUUAGAUAAUCCCCGGAAGGAGGCCUUUACUGAAAGCCAGGGCGGUGAUUUUAUGUCGGGUUUCCUUGAAGAUCCUUGGGACGCUUCUGCGAUCAUGUCUGACAAUAUUAGUGGUCAUAAAAGAUACAGAGAUGAUGAGAAUGACGCAAAACCAUUUUCUGGUUUAAGUGCGGCUGAAGCCAAGAAUGAGAGGGGAAGCCAGGGCACCUGUCCUCCUCCAUUGACUCAUCACUUGAGUUUGCCAAAAACUGCAAUGGAGAUGGCAGCCGUUGAGAAGCUAUUGCAGUAUUCAGACACUGUUCCCUGUAAAAUUCGUGCUAAGCGAGGCUGUGCCACUCACCCCCGAAGCAUUGCAGAGCGGGUUAGAAGAACUAAAAUUAGUGAGCGCAUGAGGAAACUACAAGAUCUGGUUCCCAACAUGGACAAGCAAACAAACACGGCGGACAUGUUGGACUUGGCUGUCGACCACAUUAAAGACCUUCAAAAGCAGAUUCAGAAACUUUUAGACAGCCGAUCUGGAUGUACGUGUUUGCAGAGGCAGCACCAAUAACGGGAAAGAGGGUGGAUGCAAGACUCGGCGUUUGUAGAGAUUUGUACUAACUAAUAAUAUGUGCGAGUAGAUAUAAACUGGAGAGCAAGUUUCUGUUUCUGCACUGAUUAAGAGAAAUACAUAUUAUAUAUAGCAUGUAGACUACGUCCAGUUGAGUUGGUUGUGACUGGGGCAGGGGAGAGAACUGGUUCU